AUGAUACGAAGCAUGAACCAGGCGACCAGCGAGCAUCUUAAAUGGAAGGCUAGCGAAGGCAUAUUCGACCUUAGGGAUGCAGUUUCAAGUUUGAUAGCAUCCUACAUGACACCGAAGCUGAUAUGUAACCUCAAACCAGGGACUCAAGCAGAACUUAUAGACUAUUUCAAGGCCUUUAAUAUUGAUUGGUUUAGGUCACCCUUUGCUCCCUCCACCUGGAAGAUUAUCUACAAAGUCCUUAAGGCACGCAGAGAAGCAAUGCAGGUGAUAAAGGACGCUCUCAAGAAGAGAAAAGAGUCAAGAGAAAAUCACGGAGACUUCCUAGACACGUUACUAGAGGACAUGGAGAAAGAAGACAGCAUUUACGACGAGGCGUCUGUUAUAAACCUUCUCUUAGUUAUUGGAGUCGUCUCUAAAGAUACUACUUCUGUCGCUACUGCCUUGAUGGUGAACUUGCUAUCCAAAAACCCAAAUGUGAUUGCAGAGUUGAAGAGAGAGCAUGAUGCGAUCUUACAAAAGAGAGAAGAUAAGGAAGCUGGACUUAGCUGGGAAGAAUAUAAAUACAACAUGACUUUCACCAACAUGGUUAUCAAUGAGUCGCUUCGGUUGUCAAACUUGGGUUCCAUAUUAUUCAGAAAGGCCCUGAAAGAUGUCGAAAUCAAAGGCGAUUAUAUGGGUAAAUUAUACAUGUCAACAGGAUAUACAAUUCCAGCGGGAUGGAUCGUGGCCGUUGCACCAUCUGUGGUUCACUAUAACUCUGAAAUCUAUGAGAAUCCGUUGGAGUUCAAUCCCUGGAGAUGGGAGGGGAAAGAUUUGCGGUCAGUGACUAAAACUUUGAUGGUGUUUGGAGGUGGAACAAGACAGUGUGUAGGAGCAGAUUUUGCGAGGCUUCAAAUGACAGUCUUCCUUCACCAUCUUGUGACCACUUACGAUUUCUCGGUGGUCCAAGAAUGUGAGAUGACUCGGACACCAUUACCUUGCUUCACCAAGGACCUGCUUAUAAACAUCUCCCCAAAGUCUCCCAAGUGA